AUCUCUCGUCUCGUGGCUUCUGUGAAUCUUCAGCUUGAGAGACGGAGGAACAGAAUCUGAUGCGCAGGAUGUGGUGUGUGUGUGUGGUGUGUGUGUGUGCUCUGCUGUCCGUCACCUGUGGCCGCCCACAUCUCUCCACAGGGUCACAUGACAUGAUCAACAUCAUCAACACGGCCCAGACCACGUGGACGGCGGGUGUGAACUUCCAGAAAGUGCCGUCAGGGUUUGUGAAGUCUCUCUGCGGGACCCUGAUGAACGGCCCCCGACUGCCUGACACGGUGAGACACGCCGUCGACGUGAAUCUUCCGGACAGUUUCGACCCGCGGGCCGAGUGGCCGUACUGUAAAAGCCUCGGGCAGAUCCGGGAUCAGGGCUCCUGCGGCUCCUGCUGGGCGUUCGGUGCGGCCGAGGCCAUCUCUGACCGCAUCUGCAUCCACAGUAAAGGACAGGUUUCUGUGGAGAUCUCGGCUGAAGAUCUGCUGUCCUGCUGUGAGGAGUGCGGCUUCGGGUGUUCUGGAGGCUAUCCGGCAGAAGCGUGGGAUUACUGGACCAAAUCCGGCCUGGUGACCGGAGGACUUUAUGGAUCCAAUCAGGGCUGCAGGCCCUACAGCAUCCCCCCCUGUGAGCAUCAUGUGAACGGCUCGCGUCCGCCGUGUUCAGGGGAGCAACACACACCGCAGUGUGACUCCAUCUGCAUCCCGCAGUACAGCGUCCCCUACACACACGACAAACACUUCGGCUAUAAAGCGUAUAACCUUCCCUCGGACCAGCAGCAGAUCAUGACUGAACUCUACAACAACGGCCCGGUGGAAGCGGCCUUCACCGUCUAUGAGGACUUUCUGCUCUACAAGACGGGCGUUUACCAGCACGUGAGCGGGUCGGCCCUGGGAGGCCAUGCGGUGAAGAUCCUGGGCUGGGGAGAGGAGAAGGGGACGCCGUUCUGGCUCGUGGCCAACUCCUGGAACACCGACUGGGGAGACAGCGGCUAUUUUAAGAUCCUGAGGGGCCGUGAUGAGUGUGGCAUUGAGAGUGAGAUGGUGGCCGGCGUUCCUCAGCUCUGAACCUUCAUCAUCAUCAUCAUCACCAUCA